AAACUAAUGAGAAACUAGACUUUGUACUUUGCGGAAAGUAAUACACUUUUUAAGUCAACGAAACUUGUAAGCUAAAAGGGAAUUGGGAGCUAAACAAAAAUAAUUGAUGGAAAGCUCAAUCAGAGAUGUCACAGAGAUCUUUCUGAACUCUUGAUGAUCUCACCGGGACUGACCGGGUCAUCAAUGAAGCCAAAGAAGUAUUCUUCUCAACAGGGCUAAUAUAAUGGAUAUUGCCACCACUUUGGUAGGCUUCUUGAGCACCAUCAUCAAUUACCUUUCUCCAAGAAUAGAUAAUGUUUUGAAUUUGGAUCAGAGUGUUUCUUCCCUUGAGGCUGCACUUGUGGAGCUGCUAGAAGCCAGGGAUGACCUAAAGAAGCAAGUUGAUCGAGCAGAGCUUUUGGGGUUGACCUGCACAAACCAAGUCAAAGGGUGGCUGGAAAGAGUGGAGAAUGUGGAAACAAAGGUCAGAUCUAUUGCAGAAGGCAUUGAAAACGGAAGUUAUUCUUGGCGAUGUUGCAGCCCCAAGAAUUGCUGCGGGAAGUACAAAAUCAGCCAGAAAGUACAGCAGCAUCUUUCGUUGAUCAACGAGUUGAAAGGAAAAGCAAUUUUGGAUGUGAAGAUUGCUGAUGGAUUGUUUCUUGUACCUGUGGUGGAGAUACCUAGUAGGCCGACAAUUGGGCUUGAGUUGAUACUUGAAGAAGUCCAAAAUCUGCUCGAGAAAGAAAAUGUUGGAAUCAUUGGCAUUUAUGGGAUGGGAGGGAUUGGAAAGACAACGUUACUAAAGAGCAUAAACAAUAGCUUUUUGACUAAAGAGCAUGGUUUUCAUGUGGUAAUUUGGGCAGUUGUUUCUAAGGAAGUCACUGUUGAGAAAAUCCAGCAGGCUAUUGGGGUGAGAUUAGGGCUGUCCUGGGAUGAAAGCCAGUUCCAGGAGUUGAGAGCUUCUAGAAUACAUAGUGUCAUGAGGAAGACUAAAUUCUUACUGCUAUUGGAUGAUGUUUGGAAAGGCCUGGAUUUUAACCUGAUAGGAAUUCCUCUUCCUAGCAAGGAAAACGGAUGUAAAGUCAUAUUCACGACCCGUUCUUUAGAUGUCUGCAGCGACAUGGAUGCCGAUCACAAGCUCAAGGUGGAACUCCUGAAUGAGAAGCAAUCAUGGCAGCUGUUUCAUGAGAAAGUAGGGAGUCAGAUCUUAGAUACUCAAACACUGAUUCCUAGUUAUGCAGAGACCAUCAUCAGGAAAUGUGGAGGCCUUCCACUUGCUUUGAUCACCAUUGGAAGGGCUAUGGCCAACAAACAGACAGAAGAAGAGUGGAGAUACGCCAUAGAAGUGCUGAACAAGUCUCCUUCGGAAUUUCGAGGUAUGGAAGAUGUUUUUACGCUGCUUAAGUUUAGUUAUGAUAGUUUGGGAAAUGACAUAGUAAGGAUAUGCUUCUUGUAUUGUUCAUUAUUCCCUGAAGACUAUGGUUUAGAGAAAGAACAGCUCAUUGGGUACUGGGCAGGAGAAGGGUUUCUAGGCAGUGAUGAUAAUUUCCAUAUAAUGGGUCAUUCUAUAAUUGGAUCUCUUAAAACAGCUUGUUUUCUGGAAAAUGGUGAAAAUGAAACUCGAGUGAAAAUGCAUGACGUUGUUCGAAGUUUUGCUUUAUGGGUUGCAUCUGAUGGGGGUAAGGAGAAGGCUAAGUUCUUGAUGCAGGCUAGUACAGGAUUGACAAGAGCACCCGAAUCUGAGCAUUGGGGAGUAGCAGAAAGAAUUUCAUUGUUGGACAAUGAUAUCACUGACUUAUCUGGAACUCCUGUUUGUCCUCAUUUAACUACCUUGCUGUUGCAACUGAACUCUGGUCUAACCAAAAUCUCUCAAGAUUUUUUCCGAAAUAUGCCCAAUCUAAAGGUCUUGGACUUGUCAUUUACCAGUAUCAGGGAAAUACCAAAGAGCAUUGGCAGAUUGUCUGAUCUGCGGCAUCUUGAUUUAUCUGGAACCAAGAUAAGUGCACUGCCUAAGGAGUUAGGAAAUCUCACUAGGCUGGAGUAUUUGGAUCUCCAACGUAACCGGAAUCUAAAUAGCAUUCCAAAUGCAGCAAUAUCUGGAUUGUCUCAACUAAGAGUCUUGAACUUCUAUUACAGCUUUGGAGAUUGGGAACUAAGUCAUCUAGUAGAUGAGGAAGAGGCUAGGCUCAGCGACUUGGAAAAUCUGCCACGUCUCGCUUCCCUGGGGAUCACAUUAGCAAAUCUAUCUGCUCUGGAAAGCAUAUCUGGUAGUAGAAGACUGCGGAGAUGUGUAGAAUACUUGUACAUAAGGGAGUGUGAAGGACUUUAUAAUUUACAAUUAUCACACAGUACUGGAGAUGGUAAGAGAUUAAGAAGGCUCAGCAUCAAUAACUGUCCAGAUUUCAAGUACUUGGCGAUCAUUGAUGGGGCAGAGGAUAAUUGGCUGCCAAACCUAGAGAUUCUUGCUAUGCAUGGUCUUCCCAGUUUGGUGUCAGUAUGGAGAAAUCCAAUGAGCAAAGGGUGCCUUAGAAAUCUCCGCUGCAUCAACAUAUGGUACUGUGACAUUUUGAAGAAUGUGAGCUGGAUUUUGCAGCUUCCAAAGCUGGAAAUGAUUUACCUAUUUUACUGCCCCGAGAUGGAAGAAGUGAUAAGAGGAGAUCACGCAGAGAGUGAAGAUUAUCAAAAUGCAUUUCCUCAGCUCAGAGUUAUGUCAAUCAGAAAGCUUCCAAAAUUGAAGAGCAUCUCCAAGGAGAAGAUAUCUUUCCCUUCCCUUAAGAAAAUUGCGGUGAUAGAUUGCCCCAUGCUGAAAAGGCUACCACUCAAGGCCCAAAAUGUUGCAGAACUUCCAACUAUCUAUUGUUACAAGGAAUGGUGGGAUUCUCUGGAAUGGGAUGAUGCAGCCAUCAAAACCACUGUCCUACCCCACUUCACAGCAGAGUAGUAGAGCAUUUGAUGAUCCUUUACCAUGUCUUUUUGAUGAGCCUAAAGCCAUUUUGUAGAGUUUUUCCAUGGAAAAAAUGCAGGCUCAGGGAAGGUUUCAGACCUACAAAAUGCAGUACUCAGUUACAAGCUAGAAAGAUGCUCAUUGACAAACAUCUUAAGUAACACUGCAUAUAUUUCUUAAUCCCAAAACCAACCAUUUGCAGGCGCAGGGAAGGUUUCCAUGGUGAAUUCUAAGUUGAAUACGAAUAAGACAACUGCCAUAAAUCAUGAAGUCAUUGCAGAAACAAUAAUGAAUGACCCUCUUGUGUGUGUAGCUGUAACAUUGAUUGAUUCCUGCUUCUUAGCUAACUCCUGGAGAUCUGUAUAAUAAACUAGUAAGUUCAGCUAAAUGAAUAAAAAAACUUGGGCCAUUGUUCUGUGGAAACAACAGAGCUGAGAGCGAUCCUCUUAGCAAUGGAGGUCGCCAAGAAGUUAGGAAUCGCAAAAUUAAUAUGCGAAUCCGACUCCCAAGCAGCUAUUGAUCUGAUCCAGAGUAUGAAGGAUCAGAAUGAAAUCCCUCUAGAUCCAGAAUUAAGAGGGAUUCACACUAUUUUGCGUUUUAAUUGGGAUAUAUGUUUUGUACAAACGUAUAUGGAUAAUAAUAUGCGUGUCGAUGCUCUUGUUAAAGCCGCUUUAGGCGUAGAUAGUGGAUUAUAUUUUUUUGAUGUUUCCCUUGGUAUAUAAAUAUGCUACUGGAGAACGACUGUAAGGAUUUGUCCAGAUGUAAUAGUUGGCGUUAGUCUUCUAGUGUGUGUUCAUCUCUUCUUCUAAUUUCACUAAUUAUACUUUCUUGUUCUGUUAAUUCAAGCAUUCAGUUGCCAGUCAGCUAGUGUUACGUUAAUCCGGUGACGUGGCUGGAGU